AUGACCUCCUCAAAGCUCCAAAGGGUCACUUUGCCCAGUGUUGAGACGCUCUUUUUCAUCUGCAUCUCCGGUAGGAAAUGGGCGCUUAAGCCGAAAACCCCAUCCCCAGAAAGGCAACCAGGGAACGUGUCUGGUCUUCGCAGCCCCUCGGGAGCACCGACAAGACCGGCAACUUUCUCCCCUACUGGGUCUGCGUGCCUCCCCGCCCUCCCUUGGCAGGAGCCGCCAAGAGGGGAGGGCGGCGGGGGGCUCGGGCUGGGGGAGUCGCCAGAGCUGCCCCCCCGGGACGGGCGGGGACUCCCGGGUCCCGGUCUGUCGCGCCGCGUCCCCAUUCCGCCGGCCGUGGGUCCCCGGGCGCGAGGGGUGGGGACAAGAGAAAGAGGAGGGCCGGGCCGCCGAGGGGAGGAGGCGGUGCGCGCCUCGCCUGCCAAAGGGAGCUCUGUUCCUCUGCGUGAGAGCCCGGGCGCCCCGCGCGUGGCCACCGCGCUCCGCCCGAGCUACCGCAGGAGAGCGCGGGCAGCGGGGGCUGCGCGGGUGGCGGCGCAGCCCGGCCUUGGGGAGACCCUCCGCCUCCGGCCGGACGCCGCUCUCCGCCCCGGGGUGGCCGCGGCUGUGAGGGACAGCGGCGAAGAGGAAGGACGCGCUGGGCGCCGUGGAUGUUCCGCCCGCGGAAGACAGCAAGUUGAGCGCGCGCCCCGGCCGCCGCCCGCCAGCCGUGAGAGGACCAUCGUCCUUACUACAGAGAAUGGGAAGUUGAUGGUCAGGAAGACUGAAGAUCCAUUCUGUCGCUAGACAUCCCCCAUUACAGAAGUGUGGACUGUCAGCCCUUGCCUGGUGGUUUCACGCCAUCCCUGGCUCCU